GGUAUAAAGGGGGGAAAGGCGAUUGGGAGCGCGCGCGCGCCUUCUUGUCUUUGACCGUUCGGGUUCCCACGAAGGAAAAGAUUUUCCAAGCGAUUGAUUUUGGCCAACAAUGGAGGUGGAAUUGCUGGGAAUGAAUUUCACCUGCGUGCUGGCCUCUCUCGCGGAGCGACAUCUCCCGGAGAAUGACUGCUUACUGCCCCUCAUCGCCAAGAUCCUUGGCUACUGCAUCGUCGCCGCUUCGACCACUGUGAAACUCCCUCAGAUAUAUAUUAUUUUGAAGCACAGAAGCGUUAGAGGCCUCAGUGUCGUAGCAUUUGAACUUGAGGUUGUCGGAUUUACUGUUGCUUUGGCAUAUUGUCUACAUAAAGGACUCCCGUUUUCUGCAUACGGGGAGUUGGUUUUUCUUUUACUGCAAGCUAUUGUUUUGGUUGCUAUAAUUUAUUAUUAUUCACAACCACUGGGGGCUAAAACUUGGAUAAAGGCGUCGUUAUAUUGUGCUGUAGCACCAACUGUUUUAGCGGGCCAGAUUCAUCCUGUUCUCUUUGAAGUUCUUUAUGCCUCUCAGCAUGCAAUUUUUUUCUUUGCCCGUAUACCUCAAAUAUGGAAAAACUACAAGAACAAGAGUACUGGAGAGCUUAGUUUUCUGACGAACUUCAUGAACUUUGGCGGGUCUGCAGUAAGGGUCUUCACAAGUCUUCAGGAGAAUGCUCCAACAAGCAUGAUAUUGGGAUCUGUGAUGGGUAUCGUGUUGAACGGAACAUUAGUGAGUCAGAUACUGAUGUACCGAAAGCCAGCUGUUAAGAAGGAGAAGAAGACAAUGUGAAGCUGCAAAGUUUCUUCAGGAUGUUGGAACUCAACAACACUUCAAUAUGGCUUUAUCUUAACAAAAGCUGAAUGUUGUCUGCCUCUUGAAGCAAAAAAUUGGCGACUCUAGUUGGUGAGGUUCCAUGUAUCAUUGUUUAUUAGAUCUUCAAAAGUGUUGCUUGCUAGAGAUCCUCAAAUUUUUCAUGUUCUUGUGACUGCCAUGCUUGGUUUGAGCUUUUAGGAAUCUAAGUUCUGAUGUCGCUAAUUAGCCUUAUGGUUC